AUGUCUUCCGCACACAGCGAGUACGAUGAUGCCGAUUUCGACGACAGCCUCUUUCCAGCCUACGCCAAAUACAUCAACGGUGUCGAAACGCCAUGGUACGAGCCACAUGACCGCCGUCUGAACUACUUGCCCUAUACAGAUGCUGGCCCGAUACCUUACACCAACACUAGGACGUCUCGUUCCGCCCGAGACACUUCGUUCCGCUCCGCCACGGCCGAGGACUCGGGCGCCAGCACAAUCCACCCCAGGCUCUACCAAGCACCAUCAAGCUGUAUCCUCUGCCGAGAUCACAAGACAGAAGCUACUGCAGGCUUCUCUGGAACGCUCUGGCGCUACAACUCCACCCAUGCUAGUCGGUCGCAAUGGUUCUUCAGAGAAGCGCCGUAUGCCAGCACGACAAGCCACACACCCUUCUCUGCUACGCUCCUCUUCUGCUACCGACAAAGACAGCCAGGCCGGAAUUAUGCCCCCGAGCGGACGGCCGCUCCCAUCCUUUGCAGCUUCGCCUACACCAACGGCUACGAACAAGCCAUGCCCUCUCCACAGUACGAAGCUCAAGUCCUUCCCCAGCAGCACAUCAAGUCCAUGCCACAUCAAGCGCCUGUCCAGCAGCUCCCGCAGCAGUAUGCGCACCCAGAACCAGAAAAUCUCCUCCCAAACACACCACCCAACAUCUCCGGCGAUCUGCGUGGCACAAUCAAUGCCCAAAUUUCGAAGUAUAUCCAAUCUUGUUCACUACUCGCCGCAUCUCCCGCAGAUCCCGAAGGCGCAGCUCGUCGGAACGCAGCGCAAAACUGGCAGAACGACUUCAGAGCAUUCCUUCCGCCUGCCGGCCUUCAAUACCUCGAUGAAACAGUUGCAAAGAUAUUGUCUUAUCAUCCCGUUCAGGCUGCACAGCCUCAUCUUGCACCGCAAGUAUGCCCACACCCGAGCAUGCCUUCACACCAGAACGUCCCUUCACACCCGUACGCGCCUGACCAAGCAGGUGUCAUUGCUGAACCUCUUCGUCGAUACAUUUUCGCCACACUGCCCAAGUACUUUGGCGCUGUGAGAGCCCACGAGAUUGUACGUAGGAUGAUCAUUGAGAGGAAUGAGGGGCGCAAUCCUAUGGCUUUGCUACAGAUCUGA